GGCAGCAACUGAAUGCACAACAGUUCCAGAAGGACCAAGACCUCAGACGGAGGAAUCAUGAAGACCAUCGUGGUCCUUGUCAUCUUCACAGUUCUGAUGGUGGCCCACGUCUCCCAAGCUUCUGUCCAAGUCCAGGAUGGAGAACGUUCCUUCUCACUGGAAUCUGUAAAGAAGCUGAAGGAGAUCUUGGGAACACAAGCAGGACCGGCUUCGUCCCGACUGAAGAGCCAACUCGCCUAUGUCACCGUCUGCACACACCCGGAGCUCCCCAAGGAAUUCUACAGUGUCUGUCAAAGGAAAGAGGCUCCACUGGUUUUCAAGAGGCUUAGCCUCACAGUGCAGAACACGGAUCAGUGUGAAAUCUGUGCCAAUGCCGCUUGUACCGGCUGUUAUUGAGGAUGGAAGAUGAUCCUGACCGAAAGUGCCUUUGACACAAGACAGAAGAUGGUCCCGGGUCUCCGGCUUGUUCUUUUCUUCUUCCGGGUACGAGAAGGAGUAUUUGUGCCAUUGUGAAACUUCAGGUCAAUCCUUGAGAUCUAGCACUUCCAAAUCCUGAGCUACUCUGAAGCGGAAAGUGCUAGAAGUUGCAUUUGGAGACAUUUUUGGGACUCUGGACUGAAAGGUCUUAGGGGUGGUGGACAAGUUUAGUUACGAAGCACUCAACUUACUCUUCUCUCCCUCCUCACUGCCAUUGCUUGCUUUCAUAGUUAUAACU